UGCCGUCAGACAGGAGGCAGGCUCAUCCUCAAACUGAUCACACACCGUAUGAGGAGCAGGGAUGGCCGGGGGACGCAGAGGACUAGUGGCCCCUCAGAACACUUUCCUGGAGAAUAUCGUCCGCCGCUCCAACGACACCAAUUUUGUUUUAGGGAAUGCUCAAAUUGUGGAUUGGCCCAUUGUCUACAGCAAUGAUGGAUUCUGCAAGCUCUCCGGUUACCAUCGUGCUGAAGUCAUGCAGAAGAGUAGCACCUGCAGUUUCAUGUACGGUGAACUCACUGACAAGGAAACCUGCGAGAAAGUCUGCCAGACCUUUGAGAACUAUGAGAUUAACUCCUUUGAAAUACUCAUGUACAAGAAGAACAGGAUGCCAGUGUGGUUCUUCGUUAAAAUUGCCCCCAUCCGAAAUGAGCAGGACAAAGUUGUGCUGUUUCUCUGCACCUUUAGUGACAUAACAGCAUUCAAGCAGCCUAUUGAAGAUGACUCAUCAAAAGGCUGGGGUAAAUUUGCUCGCCUGACAAGGGCAUUGACAAGCAGCCGGGGUGUUUUACAGCAGUUGGCUCCAACUGUCCACAAGGGCGAGAACGUCCACAAGCACUCACGUCUGGCUGAGGUACUGCAGUUAGGAUCUGACAUCCUCCCGCUUUACAAACAAGAAGCCCCCAACCCCCCUCACAUCAUCCUGCACUACUGUACCUUCAAAACCACCUGGGAUUGGGUCAUCCUCAUCCUCACCUUCUACACUGCCAUCAUGGUCCCCUACAAUGUGUCCUUCAAGACCAAACAAAACAACGUCACCUGGCUGGUGGUGGACAGCAUCGUGGACGUGAUCUUCCUGGUGGAUAUUGUGCUUAAUUUCCACACCACCUUCGUGGGACCGGCUGGAGAGGUCAUCUCAGACCCGAAACUCAUCCGGAUGAACUAUGUGAAGACCUGGUUCGUCAUUGACCUUCUCUCCUGUCUUCCUUACGACGUCAUUAAUGCAUUUGAGAAUGUUGACGAGGGAAUCAGCAGCCUCUUCAGUUCACUGAAGGUGGUGCGAUUAUUACGACUCGGCCGUGUGGCCCGUAAGCUGGACCACUACAUUGAAUAUGGGGCAGCGGUUCUUAUCUUGCUGGUUUGUGUGUUUGGUCUGGCUGCUCAUUGGUUGGCCUGUAUAUGGUACAGCAUCGGUGACUACGAGGUCAUUGACGAGGUGGCAAACAUUGUCCGUACGGACAGCUGGCUGUAUCUUUUGGGAGAAGCCGUCGGCAUGCCGUAUCGCUUCAAUACCAGCGGCACGGGGAAGUGGGAGGGCGGACCCAGCAAAGACUCGGUCUACAUCACCUCAUUGUACUUUACUAUGACCAGCCUGACUAGUAUUGGCUUCGGGAACAUCGCGCCCACCACUGACGGAGAGAAGAUCUUCGCCGUGGCCAUGAUGAUGAUUGGCUCUCUCCUUUAUGCCACCAUCUUUGGUAACGUAACCACCAUCUUCCAGCAAAUGUAUGCCAACACCAACCGAUACCAUGAGAUGUUGAACAGUGUGAGGGACUUCCUAAAGCUCUACCAGGUUCCCAAGGGCCUUAGUGAGAGGGUCAUGGACUAUAUCGUUUCAACGUGGUCCAUGUCCAGAGGAAUCGACACUGAUAAGGUGUUGCAAAUUUGCCCCAAAGACAUGAGAGCGGACAUCUGCGUCCAUCUCAACAGGAAAGUGUUCAAAGAACAUCCAGCUUUCCGCCUGGCCAGUGACGGGUGUUUGCGCGCUCUUGCCAUGGAGUUCCAGACGAUCCACAGCGCCCCGGGUGAUCUCAUCUACCACGCGGGUGAAAGUGUGGACAGCCUCUGCUUUGUGGUGUCAGGGUCUUUGGAGGUCAUUCAAGAUGAUGAAGUUGUUGCCAUUUUGGGAAAGGGGGAUGUGUUUGGGGAUGUGUUCUGGAAGGAGGUGAAUUUAGCUCAGGCCUGUGCAAACGUCCGUGCACUGACAUACUGUGAUCUUCAUAUCAUCAAACGCGAUGCCUUACAGAAGGUUCUGGAAUUCUACUCAGCUUUCGCUGGACACUUCUCUAGGAACCUGGUGCUAACUUACAACCUGAGGAAAAGGAUCGUCUUCCGUAAAAUAAGUGAUGUCAAACGGGAGGAAGAAGAGAUGCUGAGAAGGAAGAAUGAAGCCCCUCUCAAUCUUCCCCCAGACCACCCCGUGCGCCGUCUCUUCCAACGAUUUCGUCAACAGAAAGAAGCACGACUGGCGGCGGAGCGAGCCAGCCAAGGGGAACAGGAUAUAGAGAGAGGUCCUGUCCGUGUGGAGAAGACCAUGGUACACGAGGUGCCAACUAGCACUGUCACAGUCACUGAAAGUCCAGCCACACCAAUUGCCUCUUUAGCCUCCUCUUCAAUAUCCUCUAGAACUUCAUGUAGAGCAAAACUUUGCACUCCUAUGGCCCCCAAUGGAAAAUAUACAGGAACAGAGUCCAUGGAGACGCUCCCAGAUAGGACUAAGUCACAAGAUGAAUUGUACCUCAAGAAGACGGACUCGUGCGACAGUGGCAUCACAAAGAGUGAGCUGCGACUUGACAAUAUGGGUGACGGUACCUCUAGAACCCCUCAGGAUCGGAGCCCAGUGCAGCCUGAAGGGCGCCGAGCAUUCUACCCCAUUCCAGAACAGAGUCUUCAGGCCUGCUUUACAGAAGUGAAGCAGGAACUACGAGGAGAUAUCCACUUGCUCAACAACAGAAUGUACGUGCUUGAAAACCAGAUUGCCGAGAUGCUCAGACUUCUCAAAGCCAGAAAGUCCUCAGUAUCUUCACACCUGUUUGACAUAUCAAGACCCGACUCUCCUGAUACAGAAAAAGAUGAUGACAUGUUCUCUUAACUGCAUUUAAUUGGACAUGUGGGCUGAAGGGAUCACUGUUUGGUCCUGUUAUUGUGAAAGCCAAACUGACCUCGUCUAGUAUCUUACUUAUCAACACAUCUUACUUCAACGACAAGAAGUUGUUGACCUUCAUGAUGAAGAGUCAUGCUGGGAAUCAUUUGGAACUUUGAAUAUAUCAAUACAAUGAAAAAUAACUGUGAACUCUUUGUACAAUGGUUGACAUUUUUGUAUGGUUAUCUAAAUCAACAAGUAUUUGUAUCUGUGAAAUGCACAACUGUCACCAGUCUUUAGGCGUGACCACAUUUACUUCGCUUAGGUGAAUAUGAAGCAAGGGUGAAACCCACUACUCGUCAAGCAGCAUCAUUUUAUGUUGUACUUUAUACUUUGGAAGUGUGAAGUUAUAAAGAAACUCACCCCUAAAAUGUUUUGCUACAAAUAUUCAGUGUAGUUAUGUAUGAAGCACUGCCCACACAGAGGUUGCUUCCAAACCAAGCAAAUUUCUAUGGUUCAACUCUGUGAAAUUGUAUGACAAAGUCCAUCAUACAAAAUUCCUGUUCGAGUGGACUCCCAUUGAGAUGACGGUAUUUCGCCCACAAAAUCCAUCAGGCAAAAUGUCUGACCAUGCGUAUUCCCAUUGUGAUGACUGUAUUUCACUCUCGGAAUUUCACUGUGAAAAGAUAAAUGUCAAUGCUGCGAAUUUGUGUGUCAACAUUCAUUAAACUUAAACCCCAAUGCAGAAUUAGCCGUAGAAGUAGUAGGAAAUUCCACCAUAAAGCAAAAUUCCUGAUCCUGUAAAUUCCCAUUUGGAUGACUGUAUUUCGGCUGUGGAAUUUUGCCGUGCAAAGGUAAAUGUGACCAUGCCUUUUCUCUCACAACUGUUGUCACUUUCUGAUUUUUAAUAUCAGAUUUCUUUGUCAGCAAAUAUGUCAAUAAAUGUAGCUAAAGACGAGAUUGUGUACAAUUAUUGAACAAUGGGCGUGAUUCAUGAAAUAUGAGUAGAAUUUAUGUGUAAUUUGUUUGUAAAACCUUUAAAUUCAAUGCAAAAAAAAUUACAUAAAAAUGGAUUCAUGUACAAUUCACACAAAUCUGUUCUGCUCAUGUUUCAUGAAUGAGGCCCUUUUAUUUACAACGAUUAGUAAGGACAGUUAAAUACAGUAGCACUACCUUGCACAUGCACGUACUGUUGAUAAGUCAUAAUAGCAGUGAUGAAGUGGUGAAAUCGUACGAGGUGGUUUGUACAAAAACAUACGACUUUUACUCCAUUAGAAAAAAAUUAACGAACCGAUGCUAUUAAGAUUAUGGUAUUGCAGAAAUAAAAUUGAAUGAGUAACAUAAUUCAUUAACUGUCAUUUCUUAAAGCAAAGUGUUGGAAAGGAGGCUAGCAAAAAUGUUAUGCCAGUAUUAUAUCGAUUUGAAAUUCUGUUUGUUGAUUAAUUGGUUUCUAUGGGUAUAAAAGUCGUAUCUUUUUGUAUGAGACAAGUCGUACAGUAUCAUACGAUUUUGCUAUCUGGUACAAAUUGUUUUGAAUUGUCAUGCGACUAUUUUGUCUUACUAAAAAUUUUAAACCUGGUUGUUGUGUUUCUUCAAAAAGUAUUAUUUUGGUACUUAUUUUUUUACAAUUUAAUACCACGUAUGUGGUAAAAUGAUGUGCUCUUAAUAAUGCGACAGCAAUAGUUAAGUUAAAUAACCAAAAUUUGCCAACUGUUGAAUUUUUGAUGGAUGGAAAGUAGGUACUACUGUCUGUGUGCAUUUGAACUGCUUAAUAAAUCUUAUUUUCGAUGAACUUUAAUAUACAGUUAAAUGAAAACUUAAGGGAAAUUGCAAUGCUAAACACUGAUCUUUUUUUAUUUUAUUUUAUUUUUUAUCAAAAAGUGUGUUAUGUACUAUACUUAACAGAUUUACCUUAUGAAACAAUCAACUUAUAUGGUGUAUAGACAAAACGGAUAACCUUUUAAAGUGUAUUAAUGGGGGCAUAUGUCAUAGUCUGUAUUUAUACGAGAAUCAAUUACAGUAAGCUUUAAAUUAGGCAAUAAAUGGAAUAAGGUGGACUAGUGUUAAACUAGCAUGUGAUUUAUAGCACUCUCGCCAAAAUUGUAUUCCCUUUUAUAAUAUAAAACUGUAUUUGCUUUCAUGAAGUGUCUGGUUCUUUUUUUUUGUUUUUCUUUUUUUUUUUUUUUGUAAAUAUAAUUUCCACAGAAGAGUUGGAAAGUGGCCAUGACAGGUUUCUUUCUUUCUUAUAAAGGAGGCCAGGUAAAUAUCCAACUUAACUGUUUUAUUUGACACGCUUCUCAGCGUUCUACACAAAAUGUUCUACUUUUCAGCAGUACAUCAAACACAGUCACACACAUAGCUUCAUGUGUCUCUCUCUCCCACCUCUGGCAGACUGGACUACUCUUUUAUUUCCCUCUCAGCUGUCAUUGCAGACACAAACAGCUGUUAAAGAUAAUUUCCCACAGGUGUCAAUCCUUACCGUUCUUCCUCUCGUGGCCUCGCUCUCCACAGACAUCGCUCGGCCACGUCCUCAUCACCACACUGGUACAUCGUAGCUUGUCAAAAAUGUUUUAAGUCUUGAACGGUUUUCAAAAUUUGCAUUGAACAGUUAUAUGUUUUUCUUUUUGAUACAAUGUGUAUACUGUAUGCAGAAUGAAUCUGUGUAUACACUGUGAAAGCCAAAUAGGACACCAAUUUACUGAUUGUACUGUACCAUUUUGGUUUGUUUAAUCUGACAAAGAUAAGCAAUAAAUUUGGACCCACUUUAUAUUAGGUGUCUUUAACUACUAUGUACUUAAGCAUUUAAUACAAUGUACUUAUUAUGUACAUAUGUGUUAUUGUAUUGUACUUAAAAGUACUUGCUUUUAAUUAUAUCUGUAGUUACACUGUUAACCUAACUCUACCCCAACACUUAUCCUAAACCCUAAUCCUAAUCUAAACCCUACCCCUAAACCUACCCGUACCUCAACCUCAGUAGCAGCAAAUUUGAAUCUUGUGAUAAUUUUGCAGAAAAAAAUCACAUAUUUACACAAUAAAUACAUUGUAUUGUAUGUACUUUUAUGUUAGUACAUACUUGUUAAAGACACCUAAUAUAAAGUGGGACAGAAAAUUUGAAUUGCAAAAUAUUUGAAUGCUUGAAGUAAUGGUGGUCCUACGUUUACAUUAGGUUUUAGCAUAUGCUGUACAUUUUUCAGAUAAUUUUUAUUGCAAGAUAUGAAGUGUAAUUAUUAUUAGAUUAUAUUACACUGUAUAAUGGAAAUACUUUAUUACUGAAGUUUGAUGAAGAGGAUAUAAUGGAGAAUAUCCUCUUUGGGAAUGAAAUUAUAAUUAUGCAAUGAUUAAUCUGGUUAAUUAAAACUAAUUACUGUUUGUAUUUUCAAGAUGUUUAAUGCCGCAGGUUUGAUUUGUAACAUCCCCACAUUGCUGCCUAUUUAACUUGACAUUUUUAGCAAAAAAUUAGUUUUCACUUUGCUAUGCGUACAUGUAUUAUCAUAUGCGCAAGGACAAUGAUUUAGCUUCUUCUUUUUAAGAAAUUCUUGAAAGUUGCAGAAUAAGUGCAGUUAAAAUUCCCCUGUAUUUGUUUAAUUUAUUUGCUUUUAUUGUAGUACAUUAGCAUGACUGUAAGAGGCUUCAAUUAUAGCAAAUGCCAACACAUUCCUACUAGCACUGGGAAAGAUUUGCAUGUACGUAGCAUAGAUAUACAAACCAAAA